AUGAACGAGGCAAUUCAAUGGCAGCUGAUAAAUGCAACUCUUAAUGGUGGUAGCCAAUGCCUGCGGUCUCUGCUUUCCAAGGGAAUUUGUAUUGACCUUGUUCAGGCCUGCCAGCUUUUCCAUUUGGCAGCAGCUUGCGGUAGUACGAACAAUCUUGAAACCCUCCUCGCAUUUAUGCCCUCACUUAACGUAAAUAGCAGGGACGAAGUCGGUUGUACAGCCCUCCACAAAGCUGCUGCUGCCGGUCAUCGGGAGGUAAUCCACUUUCUCAUCUAUCACGGUGCUCAAAUCGACGUACAAGAAUACCUUUUGACUUGGGUUGCUGCUGCUGCUGCUGAUGAUGAUGAUGAUGAUUAG